GGAGCCCAAACCCCUGUUGUUGAGUUUUUCAUAUCUGUUACAAUUUUAGCUUUUACAGCCUCAUUUUUCAUGGUUGAAUCAGUCAGAUUGAGCAUUGAAACAGACAAACAAGCCUUGAUUUCAAUCAAAUCUGGAUUUACCAAUCUCAAGCCUUCAAAUCCUUUGUCUUCUUGGGAUAAUCCGAACUCUUCCCCUUGCAACUGGACUCGUGUCAGUUGCAACAAAAAAGGCAACAGAGUUAUUGGGCUUGAUCUUUCAGGCUUGCAAAUUUCAGGCUCUUUAGACCCUCAUAUUGGUAACCUCACUUUCCUUCAUUCUCUUCAGCUACAAAAUAACCUCUUAACAGGACCAAUUCCUCAUCAAAUUUCUAAACUUUUUCGCCUCAAUCUCCUCAACAUGAGCUUCAACUCUCUUGAAGGUGGAUUCCCUUCAAAUAUCAGUCACAUGGCUGCACUUGAGAUCCUUGACUUAACUUCCAAUAACAUAACAUCCACUCUUCCUAAUGAGCUUAGUCUUUUAACCAACCUGAAAGUCUUGAAAUUGGCACAAAAUCAUAUUUUUGGUGAAAUCCCACCUUCAUUAGGCAACCUUUCUUCUCUUGUCACCAUAAAUUUUGGUACAAAUUUUCUUACUGGACCAAUUCCAACCGAGCUGAGUCGUCUUCGAAAUCUUAAGGAUCUUAUCAUCACCAUUAACAAUCUUACUGGUACUGUUCCUCCUGCCAUAUACAACAUGUCUUCUUUAGUUACUCUGGCUUUGGCUUCCAACAAACUAUGGGGAACAUUUCCAAUGGAUAUUGGUGAUACACUUCCUAAUCUUUUGGUCUUCAACUUCUGUUUCAAUGAAUUUACUGGAACAAUUCCUCCUUCCUUGCAUAAUAUCACCAAUAUUCAAAUCAUUCGUUUCGCCUACAAUUUUCUUGAAGGGACAGUUCCGCCAGGUUUGGAGAAUCUACAUAACCUUAUUAUGUAUAAUAUUGGGUACAAUAAGCUCAGAUCCGACAAAGAUGGGAUUAGUUUCAUCACUUCUUUGACAAAAAGCUCUCGCCUUUCUUUUCUUGCCAUUGAUGGCAACAAUUUCGAAGGCCAAAUUCCUGAGUCCAUUGGAAAUCUUUCUAAAUCUCUUUCCAUAUUGUUCAUGGGAGGGAAUCGUCUCUCUGGUAAUAUACCUCACACAAUAGGGAAUUUAAAUGGCUUGGCUUUGCUGAAUUUGAGCUACAACUCAUUAUCAGGAGAAAUCCCAUCUGAGAUUGGCCAAUUGGAGAACCUCCAAAGCCUUGUUUUGGCCAAGAAUCAGUUCUCAGGUUGGAUUCCAAGCUCCUUGGGAAAUCUUCAAAAGUUGACCAAUCUUGAUUUAUCUGGAAAUGAGUUAAUUGGUGGCAUUCCCACCUCUUUCAACAACUUCCAGAAGCUUCUUUCCAUGGAUUUAUCCAACAAUAAGCUAAAUGGAAGCAUACCCAAAGAAGCUCUCAAUCUCCCUUCCAGUACUAGACUGAACAUGUCCAACAAUCUCCUUACUGGUCCUCUCCCUGAGGAAAUUGGGUACCUUUCAAAUCUCUUUCAGAUUGAUCUCUCGACCAAUCUCAUAUCUGGAGAGAUUCCGUCGUCGAUCAAAGGUUGGGAGAGCAUGGAGAAAUUGUUCAUGGCAAGAAAUAAGUUAUCAGGUCACAUUCCCAAUAGUAUAGGAGAACUCAAAGCCAUCCAAAUUAUUGACCUCUCCUCAAAUCUUCUCUCUGGUCCAAUCCCUGAUAACCUUCAACAUCUAGCAGCUCUUCAGUAUCUAAAUCUCUCUUUUAAUGACCUUGAGGGAGAAGUUCCUAAAGGAGGUAUCUUUGAAAGCAGGGGCAAUGUCAGUUUACAAGGAAACUCAAAGCUUUGUUGGUAUUCCUCAUGUAAAAAGAGUGAUUCUAAACAUAACAAAGCAGUCAAAGUCAUAAUCUUAUCGGCUGUGUUUUCAACACUGGCAUUGUGUUUUAUCAUUGGUACGUUGAUCCAUUUCUUGAGGAAGAAGUCAAAGACUGUACCAUCCACUGAGUUGUCAAAUAGUAAACAUGAAAUGGUGUCUUAUGAUGAGCUACGUUUGGCGACAGAGAAUUUCAGUGAGAAAAACUUGAUUGGAAAAGGAAGUUUUGGGUCUGUCUACAAGGGAAAGUUAAAGGAAGAUAUCCCUGUAGCAAUCAAGGUUCUUGAUGUUAACAGGACUGGUUCUCUAAGGAGUUUCAAGGCUGAAUGUGAAGCUUUAAGGAAUGUGAGACAUCGAAAUCUAGUUAAACUCAUCACAGCAUGCUCAAGCAUAGACUUCUCAAACAUGGAAUUUCGAGCUUUGGUUUAUGAACUUUUGAGCAAUGGGAGUUUGGAUGAGUGGGUUCAUGGCCAAAGAAGCCAUGAACAUGGAACCGGGCUCAAUAUCCUUGAGCGAGUAAACAUCGCCAUCGAUGUGGCUUCAGCUAUAAAUUACUUACACCAUGAUUGUGAACUUCCUAUAGUUCACUGUGAUUUAAAGCCUAGCAACAUUCUUCUAGAUGAAAACAUCACAGCAAAAGUAGGAGAUUUUGGAUUGGCUCGGUUGCUAAUGGAAAAUAAAAACGCUCAAUCUUCCAUCACUUCCACACAUGUCCUAAAAGGUUCAAUUGGUUAUCUUCCUCCAGAGUAUGGAUUUGGGGUGAAGCCAACAACAGCUGGAGACGUGUACAGUUUUGGAGUAACAUUGCUGGAGCUUUUUACAGGAAAGAGUCCAACAGAUGAAUGUUUCACUGGAGAAUUGAAUUUGAUAAAAUGGGUGGAGUCAAGUUAUCCAGAAGAUAUAAUGGAAGUGAUUGAUCAUAAGUUGCCAGAGCUUUUUGAGGAUUUAGUAUACAGAGGUCGAACCAUCGGUUCAGAUAUGCAAAAAGAUUGUUUGAUCAAAGUAAUCGGAGUUGCACUCUCAUGCACUGUGAAUACUCCAGUAAACCGCAUUGACAUGGAGGAUGCAGUUUCAAAGCUUAGAAGUGCUAGAGACGACCUUAUUCGUCCUCCAAAUCAAAAUAACGUGUCUAAAUUGAUAAGAGUUCUGUAAUUUGGUAAAUAUUGUUAUACUUUCAUCACUUCAACAAAGACAAAAGAGGUCAACCAAAAUAAAAGCUUGUCUAAUAUUUAUUGCUUGGUGCGGUGCAACACGCAUAUGCAAGUUCAAUUUAUGUAUGUGGGUAUUGGUAAAUGAAGUAUUUGCUAAUGUCCGGUUAAUAUAAAUAAGUUGUGAAGCAUUUCAUUUGUUGUU